UGGAGCUUCAUGCUGUCAUGUUGUCGCAGGUCUAAGGCGUUCUUUCUCUUCGGUCCUUUGAGCACUCUUUUCGAUUGUCCUCUCUCCUUAAUUACUGCUGCUCUACUCCUCAAUUCCAGGCUCUCAAUGCCUGGCAGCUGCUGGGUGCUUGUCGUCUAGCCUGUUACACAGCUCCAGCUUUAGACAUGCCGAUCCGUAUCCUGGAUGAAUGGGCUGCUGGCCGUAGCCAGCCGCUCCCUCUCUCUGCUCUCAAAGGAGCUGUCUUGGGUAUCGAUGCGUCCCACUACCUCUCCCAGCGCCUUCACCAACCUUCGACUCGCGAGCCUCUUCUGGUAGCGCUCGGCGGUUUCCCAUUUGCCCUGAGGAAUAGUAUUGAAAAGGAACUGCAGGCUCUCAAGAAUCUCGACAUUUCCUGUGUUUUUGUCUUUAAUGGCCUUGACUUUGGUAAGAAGGACAAACAAUCUCGCUUGCAGACCGAGUCGGUACGAGCUUUUGAACAUGCCUGGGAACUCUACGAUCAGCAGCAGGCAGAUCAAGUUGUGGAAGCCUUUAGCAGUGCUGGAACCCCUACCCCGGAGAUUCUUUACAGAUUCUUACAGCGGAUCCUUUACCAGAAUGGUGUGGACUUCAUAGUGGCCCCAUACAGUGCUGCUGCUCAGCUGUCCUAUCUUUCGAAGGGCUCGAGCUCCCUCUUUGAUGCUGUUUUCAGUUACUCUGAGGCCCUCAUGUUCGGCGUCGAAAAGUUGAUCACCAGAAUUGAUACCGAGCGGUCCAAUUUCUUCUGGAUAACAAAACAGAGCUGUCAGGACGAGCUUGGCAGACUAUCCAAUGAACAGUUUUUUGAAUUCUGUAUGCUUCUUGGCUCCUCUUUUCUUCGCCCUUUUCCAUUGUUCGAGAACCCAACGUUUCCCGGGAAAGCCUUGAACAUUCGCGAUGUGCUCGCGAUGUUCAAUGCCGCUGGAAGAAGUGCCCUGGCCCUAUGCGCUCAGUUUGAAGAGGACCGUCGACUGCAGGAGUUCCGGUACACAGAUAAUUACAAACGAGCAUUUCUGACGGUGAAACACCAUGUCAUCAUGACUGAAGAGGGCAAAGUCGGCCCUAUGGAUGCUGAAAACACACCUUCUGACAUGCAUGAGCUGAUCGGUCAGCGGCUUCCUGAGGAACUAUACUUCUAUCUUUUUAAAGGAGUCUUGGGCCCCAGGAUCCCUAAUUAUUUGACGUCUGGUGAAGUUUUACUCUCCCUGCCUUUGGGGGUGGAAGAUACGGAGAUCUAUCGUCGUACCGUGGGCGAUCUACUCAACCCCAUCAGAGCCCAGUCAAUCAGUCUCCUUUCGAACUCACUUCACAGAUUCUAUCAGACGAAGGUGAUCAAUGUACGUACAUGGCACGAUGAAAAGUCUGACCUGUCGAUCAAUUUGAAGUCUUUGCCUUCCGUCAAGGAGACCAUUCAGUCGUGGAAAAUUAAUGACGAAGUGCUUCCGGAGAGUAUAAAGAGCUUGAAGGCCCCACGCGGCUCAUUCGCAUUCGCCGUCCAGAGCCUGAAGGACUCUGAGUUCGUGUCUAAGUCGUUUUCUGGGAAAGAUGCCCCGGCCCUGUCAUCGCAGGAUGAUAUUCUCCAAAACGUCUUCUGGAGAUUUUUGCAACUCCGAGGGUACAUUGACGAAAAGCACCAGCUGACAUCAUGGGGCGUUUGCCUUGAACAAGCGCUUACUGCCUUGAACCCAGCGGAUAAUCUUGAGGAAUCUAUCUUUAUCGCCAUUGAAAUGCUUCGCUUGGGACUUCUCAAUGCCACCGAGUGGUUUACUCAUGUCUCUGGAGGACCGAUGAGAGGGUCUGAAGAUGAUAAAACCUUUAAUAUGUUGAUUUCGCGCGUCGCCUGUACUGGCAAACUACGUCAUAAAAGUAUUGGAUACUCGGGGCCCCUCAGCAGAGAACUUCUUUGCUACCACUCCUUGAUUUACGAAGUGCGCUCGGUUCUAAGGGAUCAGAUUGAGAUCGUGCUUGCCGGGAUGCUUCUAAGCGGUAACGUGAACAGAGAGCGCAGUGACUGGACCGAACUGAGCGUGAAGCUUCCUUUCGUUGAUGACAAUGACUGUGGUCUUGGAAUUGCCGUCCGUACCUAUCUUGAUGACCUGCCUCUCCAAAUAAACCCGACAUCAGUGGAGGCUAGAACAGAGGUGAAGUCUAAGGGCAAGGAAUGGUUUCAACACAGCGAUAGUUUUACUGCCAACCUUGACACAGCUUUCAAGCUAUGGGAUGCUGUUUACAAAGCUACUCAGAAUGCCGGAAAAGAUCCCAAGGACGUUAAGAUAUGGGAUGAUGCGAACAACUGGUUGGCUGAGAGACGGUAACAUAAACAAGGAGAUUGUCCGACCAUGCCAGCGCUUAGCUAGCGUGCCAGGAUACUGCGGCGUCUAUUCCUACGGAACAAGCAUGAAUACUGUAAUCUACGGGGAUCCCUGUUGGACGCGUGGUAGAACAACAUUUUCCUGGAAGGCAGCUUCUGCGGGCGGCGCUGCAAGUAGGCGGGAUACCUUGAUGGACUUGAGACUCUGGAGGAUAUUCAUGCAUGACAUGGAUCUAGGAGAUGCUUAUUGUAGGCAGUGGCGUCUGCUGUUGCAAAUGAAAAGAAUCCUUUGUCAGUAUUGUUCAGAAGU